ACUAGUUAAUUUUAUUCGCUAGUCGUUGAAAAUCAAAUAUAUCAAUUGAAAGAUGUGGUAAAUUCGAUCCUUCGGCUAUUACCAGUGAUUUUUUUUUUUUAUUUUCGAUAUUGUUUAGAUCAUUCGCAUUAUAUUUGUGAGGUUAUGGCUUAAAUAGUGUCACACUAGAAAUAUAUUAUAAAAUUUGUAAUCUUUAAUUUUUUUUUUCUUCAUUAAGUACGAAAUAUUUUCAAUAAUUCUCGAUUGGUACAAAUUUAAGGUAAUUGCAGUAAUCUCUGCACACUACCUUUGUCUCACCACUUCGCAUUUUCCUGCAGCGCAUCUACUCCUAUAGGUAGUAUAUACCGUAUAUUUGCAAAAUGCAAACAGCUGUUCGCUAUUCAGUUUGGAAAUGACCGGCAAAUAGCAUUACUUUUCCACAUGUCAGCUGGAAAAUUCACCCCUUUCUGUCACACACUGCCUUUGCAUGCUCGCUGCCAGGUGACAGCCAGCAAUUAUUGUGUUCGCGCUUAGGUAGAAAUUUCAUCGUUCUUAAGCAGCUGAGGUGAUUACAUUUUCACAUGUAUUUGGGUGUAUGAUUGCGAGUUUAUGUGUGUGUUUUGCCACGAUAAAUGUAAACAAAUGCAAUUAAGAUGCUUUCAAGUGACGCUAUUUAAUGACCGUAGUUGUAAAAUGAACCAUAUGAAUGCGGAGAGAAAAUCCAGCUUUUAACAACAACAACAAUGUUUAUGUAAAUGCUACACCUGCAUUUCAAAUGCAGAAUGGCGUAAACAACAACAAUUUCCACUCCUACCACAUUCUGCCGAUUGAUAAAGACAGUGAUUUUAACUCCAAUGCAACACAAUUGAAUUUAUAUAACCAGUCGCUAAUAAUCAAAAUGACACUUAGCGAUAAAGCCAAUCUCACCGCCAUCACGUGGGCGCAUGCGGUUAAUAGUCAGCAAGAGCUGAGCGAAGCGCUCAACAGCGACAUAAACAUGAUUGAGGCGGACAUUGUGCUCGGCAAGCUUAACAACACUGGUGACGAUUUGCCGGUGAUGGCGCAUCCGCCGGCCAAUUCCUCGGAUCUCUCAUUGACUGAAUUCAUGUUGCGCAUUUUGGAGCACAAUGAGGCGCAUGACGAGAAUGCGAAGGGUGUCAAAUUGGACUUCAAGUCCAUCGAAGUGUUUGAGGGCUCGCUGAAUAUUCUAAGUGAACUGAUACCAUUGAUGACCCAACCCGUUUGGCUGAAUGCGGACAUAAUACGCGGACCUGUCAAUCAGACCAGCACCGUACCGGUUGAUCCGGAGCGGUUUUUUGCUGGCGCUGCGAAAUUCGAAUCAGCCGUACUCUCGAUUGGUUGGACGACACGAUGGGGUGCCAAUUUCACAGACGGUGCUUACACGGAGCAGCAAAUCGAUGAAAUGCUGCUUGCAAUCAAAAAUAACAAUGUAACCACCAAACAACAUCCAAUCACAUUCCCCGUGCGCGCUGGCAUUGCCGCCAACAGUUUGGAACAACUGCAUGCGCUGGUGGCUGCUGUCAAUGAGACCAACGAAAGCUCACUCACCAUUUGGUCAUCGGCUGGUGAUUUUGUUGAUGUGCCGAAGUUACGGCAGCUCAUUUUCUCUUUUGGUUUUGAACGCGUGUAUUUGGAUGUACCGGCGGAUUUAGCCGAUCAAUUGGAAUUGAAUCGCACGGAAACUGGCAAUGCCGCCAGCAGAUUGCCGUCUUUGCUCAGUUUUAGUGUUGUCAGCGCCUGCUUGUAUUUGACCAGCAUGUGGCUGAAUCGCAUUAGGUUGUAAGUUUUUUUAAUAAGUGGAAAAAUUUCCGGAAGAUGGAAAACACGGUAGUUUGGAAAGUUCGAAAAACUCUUGAAUAUUCAACAAAUUAAGGACUAAUCUUUAUUGUAAAUAAAUAGUAUGCAUUUAAAAUUAAAA